CACACGAUUCUGGCCGCGUUUGUGUUGUGCUAAGGAAAUGUAUUAACUUUCAAACGAAAAUUUCUUCGUUUCAGGUGUAGAAGUGAUCACAAGAUGCACGCGUUGCUGUGCGCGUUGCUAGCGACCGCAGUGGUGGCGGACGACAGUCAAGAAAGGCGAUCGAAGCUGCCGUACAUCGCCGAUGCCGUUGGUAACAGUCUACCAGCGCCCUCCAUAGUGCCAGCUACAGUUGGUAGUCCAGUCAAUCUGCUGACACCCGACCGAUAUGAAUUCUACACUUUCGAUGAGUCUGGAGAGCUGGUUAAACGACUGAUGACUCUAGAAGAAAUACAAGCUAUCGUCGCAGCAGGAGAGGAAACUGAAGGAUUGGUGACAUUCGCAAAUGAUAACCAACCAACAAUCGCUUUCAAUUUCAGUCAACCAUCGUACACGAAAGUUCACAACGUCGUAACGAAUGUACAAAAUGUGCUCAAGGCUCAAAUGGAAGCGCAUAAAAACAGAACCAACAUACCACCUACAUUAGAUACACCGGACGUUUCCGACUCCUGGAGCCAAAUUCUUCCAUCAAUAUUUGGCAAUACUGGAGGAGUGGAUAUAGUUCCUGAUAGAACAUCAGAAACGUUUAUUACGCCGGAAACUGAAACUAUCGAAUUUGAGAAUACGAAUGAAAAUUAUUUGAGUAAAGAUAAUGAAUUAACUCCCGAUAAGAUAUUAAGUAAUGAUAUACCGGUAAAGGUUGAAAGCACUACGAUUCCGACUACAUCUACAACUAAACCUACAACGACAAGAAGGAUAACAACCACAACAACUAAAAAACCUACAUCAAAAACAACAACGACGUCAAAACCUACAUCAACGACUCAAAAAAUUAUCAAAAGCUCUACAGUCAAACUUCUUACAUCUUCUACUACUUCUACUACGACUACCACAAAACCCAGCACAACUGUUCGAAGUACUACAAAAACCAAAACGACACCAACAACAGCAAAACCAACAACUUCAAAUACAAACAAGUAUAAAUCAACAACAAAAUCCAAUGUGAAAAAUUCUGCUAGCACAAAAGACAACUCUAACAAAGUAAAUGAAUUCAAUAAAAUUACUCCACAAUAUGAAAAAUUUAGCACAUUUAUACCAACAAGUGCAACUACUAAAGCAACCCCGAAAACUACUGAAAAACCAAGCACAACUACGAAAUCAAAUAUUUUAGUAUUGUCAACGAGUGUAAGUAGUUUGCCAUCUUCAUCUACAGAAAGUCAAAUUAAUGAUGAAGUUACAAAACUGCCUGCCUCUGAACAAAAAUUUGAUAAAGUAAAUGUAACAACAAUAACGACUCAAUCGAUUUCACCAUCUACCAUUGUUUCAUCAACCGAAAAUGUUAUGCAGGCAGAUAACAAUACAAGUGUAGACGAACAUCGAAACGAUGACAUUAAUAAUGAACCUGUGCUCCCAUUGUUUGAUGUAGCACAGAGCAUAAGUCAGAUUGCAUCUGAUCUCGGUAAUUAUGCACCCCUACCAACAUCUGAAGAUGCACUGGAUACUGACAAAGUAAAUGAUUUAAGUUUAGAGAGUAAAGAAAAUUUAGAAUUUGACAUACCUGCCGAUGUAGGGCCAGACAAUAAUACAAAAGUAGAAAAUAAUGCCAGUAACAAUAACUUUGAAAACUAUGUAAAAAUAUCAACACUGGAUCCUCAAAAGAACGAUAAAGAUGAUGAAACUAAUUCGAAUAUUAUUCAAAAUUACAAUAACUUUAUAAAUACAACUGACUCUGCAGGAGACGUAGUAUUAUCAACAACAGUUUCGUCAUUUGAUGAUAUUGAUCCUAUUUUAUCUAAUUCUGUUGGAGAUAUGCUUUCUCAAGUCAUACAUGAAAAUCCCGUCCCAAAUGCAAUUGACCAAAGUAGUGCAGCUGAGCAAGAAAAUAUAUCUACUACACAAACGAUUUUAGAAACGACUACUUCUUUUGAUGAUGCACCGAGUACUGCUGUAACUGAGGUAGCAGACGUCGAAACCACAUCAAUCCCAGCCACAACUUACUCGAUAGCUUUGGUGGAUGAAAAUAGUGACAAAAAAACUAAAAAGACAGAAGAAGUAGAAAAAUUACACCUGAAAACAGAUAUUCCUAAUGCAACCCCUACAGAAAAAAUUAAGUCUCAGCUUUCGAAGAAGAAUAAUACAUUUCUCGAAGCAGUGAAUGAACUAAACAUAGCUGCAGAAAAAGAAAGAAAUAAGUCCAGUGUUUUCCAAAAUUCUGGAAUUAUUAAUAAUAACCUCUUACAUAUUACGUCCUCUACAACACUCCGGUCUCCUGGUAAAACAGAAACAACUAUAAAACCUUCAACCGAAAAUAGCAAUGUACAAAUUGAUACCUCAGAAGUUAAAAAAAACUCUUUGGUGAAAAAUAUAGAUCAACAUAAUACGAAUAAUUUCAAAACCAAUAUCGAAGUACCAAACAUUGAUGAUAUAAAGAAGAAGUUUCAAAAAGUUAAUAAUGAAGAAAAAGAAAUCGCUACAGACCGAAAUUCUUGGAAAUUAAUUCCAACUGUUCCGCCACCUAGGUCGCAGGAAAGUGAAAAAAUAAAACAAAAGAUAGAUAAAAACAGCUCGGAAUCUUCGCCCGAUAAAGAUAUUAUUUUGGACUUUUCAAAUGAAAAUCAAGGCUUAGAAGUUACAACUAAAGACUUGGGAGAGGAUGUUGUACAGUUUACUGAAUUAUGCAAUGAGCUUGCUUUUAGGUACUGGGAAAAAGUGAUUCCCAAUCUAGAUAACAAGCGCAGUUUCGUAUUAUCUCCAUUUUCUGUUACUUCUAUGUUGGCAAUGAUGUUUAUGGGAGCUAGAGGUGCUACAUCCGGUGAAAUGAAUGAAAUACUUAAAUUAGAUGACAUGGUUACAUUCAAUCCACACUUCACUUUAAAGAACAUAUCAGAUUCGAUAGAAACGUCUUCAAAUUCUGGCGUGGCAGUUUCAGCGUUUAUUAGAGAACUUUACAGCGAAAGAAGUAAAGGGAAAAUAUUAACAUUUUAUAAAGAAAGAGCUCAACAGUUCUAUAAUGGACAUGUAGAAGAAGUUAAUUUCAAACUCAUUAGUGACAUUAUAAGGAGGCGAACUAAUUUAUUAGUCAAAAGAUACACCUGGGGCAAAAUUCCAGAAUAUAUAAAGAGUAAUUCGAUAUCAAUGCGUCCACCACUUGGUGCAUUUUCGACAAAUAUUUUUGAGACCGACUGCACUGGAUCAUCUGUUGACGGAAGAGACGGAGAAAUGUAUUUCGUGGUGUCGCCCAACGUGAGACAACGACGCUUGGUUCCCGUACCUGCUGUCGUCUACAAAAACAACUUCAUGGCUGGAUACGACCCUAUCCUGGACGCAACUGCAGUCGCCUUAGGAAAUACAAACUCAGUGAUUAGCACUCUAUUCCUUAUGCCUGGACAGCAGGGCAAUGUAGUUAACGCAGAAGACUUGGAAUCCUUAGAGAAACGGCUUCUCGAAUCGAAGCCAGCUGUGGCUACAUGGAAUCGGUUACUAAGAACUCUUCUACCUAGGAUUGGCUUGGAGCUUCAAAUUCCUAGGUUCUCACAUAAGUCCAUGCUCAAUAUUUCUUCUCCGCUGAAGAAAAUGGGGUUGAAAGAGCUGUUUGACUCCGAACAUGCCGACUUAGCUGGACUCAACGGUCCAUCUAAGGACAUUUAUUUAUCAGACAUGCUGCAGCUCACGACUUUCGUGACAUGCGGGGAGGGCACGAUCGGCGAGCAGCAUCAUAUAGAGGAAUAUCCGGAAAUUUCCCAGCAGAAGCGUAGGUCCUCCAGAUGGGCGACGAUUUGGGAUGAGCCAAGGGAUUAUCAGAGGGCAUUCCAUGAUCCCCAUGACUUAGGAGAUGCCAUGCACUUACCACUCCAUUUGCGACCAAGACAAGCACGACUUCCAGCCAGAAAUACACAGCCGUCUCGACGAUUGAAAUUCGAUAGACCGUUCCUAUAUUUCGUGAGGCAUAACCCCACGGGCAUGAUUCUAUACGUCGGUCGGUACAACCCCAGACUUUUACCAUGAAGCCUUACAAAGACUGCUAGUUUAGUUUAGUUAAUUUUAUUCAAGGAAUAGUGAUAAAAUAUACUUGGCUAGUGCAAUUUUGAAAUCAAUUUUAAUGCAUUUACGCACAGACCAUUUCAUUUGGAUUGCUCUCAAUAAUCAAAAUUGUAAUUGUUAUUGACAGCAGUUAAAUGUAGAUUUCGUAAAGGCAUCGUCCAUAGAUAGCAACACUGUUGAUAGAGUUCGGCAUUCACAUUUUUGUGACUAAUUCUUGGUCUAGAUAAUUUUCGGCGUUUUUAAUAAGAUGAAAUCAACAGGAAUAAGCAAAUAAUGUUUAUUAGAGGCUCUUGAUAGUUACUUAAUUGUCCAUUUUACAUCACAGUAUUUUGCUUUUUGGUAUGCAGGUUAAAACAGAAAGGAAGUUGGAUCUGUUUUCACCUCUAUACUAAUA